UUAAGUGUGUAUACUACCACACGGUCAAAUAUUGGUGCUGAGAGUAAUAUAGAUCUGGUCUUGAAUGUGGAGGAUUUUGAUAUUGAGUCCAAAUUUGAAAGGACAGUGAAUGUCUCUGUACCAAAGAAAACCCGAAAUAAUGGCACAUUAUAUGCAUAUAUAUUUCUUCAUCAUGCUGGCAUUUUGCCCUGGCAUGAUGGUAAGCAGGUGCAUAUAGUAAGCCCUCUGACCACCUACAUGAUCCCCAAACCAGAAGAGAUUCAUUUGCUCACUGGGGAGUCAGCCACACAGCAAAUUGAAGCAGAAAAGCAGACCAAUGCUCUAGAUGAACCUGUCUCUCACUGGAGGUCCAGAUUAACCUUAAACGUGAUGGUGGAAGACUUUGUGUUUGAUGGGUCAUCCCUCCCUGCCGAUGUCCACCGGUACAUGAAGAUGGUUCAAUUGGGGAAGACAGUGCAUUACCUUCCAAUAUUAUUUAUUGAUCAGCUAAGCAACAGAGUGAAAGAUUUGAUGGUUAUAAAUCGUUCGACAACAGCACUACCUCUUACAGUGUCGUAUGACAAAAUAUCUCUUGGAAAACUCCGAUUUUGGAUCCACAUGCAGGAUGCUGUGUACUCCCUACAACAGUUCG